AUGAUUAUUGCCUUAUUUGAUAGUCGUGGAAUCGUCCGUAAGACCGUAAAUCAAGUGUUCUAUCGACAAGUGCUCGUAAGGUUGCGAAAACAAGUCAACAAGGUGCGCCCGGACACAGCUCGUAACUGGAUCCUUCAUCACGACAACGCGCCGUGCCACAUCUCCCUCAGCGUGCCCAAGUAUUUGGCCUCUAAGGGCAUCGCCACAUUGCAAAAACAGCCUUAUUUGCCCGAUGUGGCACCUUGUGACUUUUUUUGUUCCAUAGAAAAGAAUGAAUGUACUCUUUCGCCAUUUGUUAGCGGUUCAUCAUCCGAGAAAAUACCGUUUGUAUUUCUGCCAUUGCGUGGCCAAAUCAUUUACCCCAGUAGAGAAAUCAGUUUUCCAGACAUUCGCACGCCGGUCUGUGCAGUAACUGGCGCCCAAUAUCUUACCGUGAAUGGUUGGUCGGAUCUACGGAAUCCCAUUGACACGGACUACCCCUUCCGUAUCUUUCGCGAUGAGGGACGUACAUUUUUACAGUGGCUGGGCGAACCGGAUUUGCGGCACAAAAUGCAAGGUCGCCUCAUUGUCGUGCAUUUGGUUUGUCGUGACAUGACAAUUACCCUGAAUGCCACCAGCAAAGAACACUUGAUGCCACCAAAGAAUGUUUUCUCGCCUUGUGUCGCCUUUCGUGUCAACGGCACGCCAGUGAAGUACACGAAUAACGUCUCGGAGGUGCUCUUCCAAUCGGAGGCCACUUCAACGCUGGCCUCCACCUCGGAUGGCAUGUCGACUAAGGAGUAUGUGGUUAUUGGCGUGUGCAGUCUCUUGUUGGGCUUGAUUUAUGUAGCAUCGGUCUUCCUCUACCUGCACAUGAAGAAACGCAAGAGCCGCGAUCAAUCGCCACACAUGCGCAACUCCCUUGACGACAUGGCAAAUGAGAUUAAUUACCCCAAGAAUGACCAAGUGACAUUCGGCGCGCCAUUCAAUCGCAGCGGCAGCAUUUACUCCGCCACCAGCAUGGGUACCUCAAAUGAGCCGCGUUCGCGUGCCAGCAUCGGCAGUUUGAAGGAGGAGAUGGGCAUUAUUAAGAACAAUCCAUUGCUGCAGCAUUUUCCACAGCUCGGCGAACACAAUUCCGGCUUUGCUAGCGAUAUAUCCAAUUCAAAUUCGGAGUGUGAAAUGGACGGCAGCUUCCAUGAGAAACUCAAGCAGAUGCAGACAUCGGCGCUGGUCCAUCCACAAUUGGGCGGUUUGGGCAACAGCAGCAGCAGCAACAACAACAGCAAGUCGCACAAGAGCAGUUCACCACACGGUUCACCGCCGAGGAGCGCGAACGAUCCGUCGACUGCUGAGCAGGCGAACAGUGAUGCAACACUGUCGUCGUCUCCCACGCAGGAGACGGAGUGCUUGCCGGUGGAAAAUGUUUCGAUAGUCGAGGAUAUGAUGACAGAGGAGAAGUUGGAGCAUCUGCGUCAGAUGGUGAACGGUAAUGUGCGCAAGAAGCUGUACUUUAAUCCCGCCUACUUUGAGCCACAUCUACUUGCGCAACCACCGCCCGCUGCAGUUGAGUUCUUACAUAAAAUCCGCGAGGUCAUUGCCAUAGCCAAGUAUAAAAUGGCCACCAAACGUUACCAGCCUUCGCUCAUUAUGAUACCCGAAGAGGGUGGACAACACACCUCCGAUACGCCCUCGCUCUAUAGCUCACACCACCAACAGUCGCCUUCCGAGUGUCAGGGCUGCGCUAACAAUCGUUGUAGCGGUCACGUAAAGAAUUGCGGCGAUAAACGGAACAGCAUCGAGAAGUGGCUGCAGACGGUCACGAGCAAUGAAGAGGGUGGUAGUGGCAACAAUCAGACACAAAACUCGGGCAAGGCCAGAGGCAGUGAACAGCAAACGAGCAAGCAACAGCUACAACAGCAUGCUCAACAGCUACAACAGCAUGCUGUUCACACACGCCGCCAGUCACCGAGCCGGAACUCACCAUCAACACAAGUCGGUCGUGCGCGCAGUCGAAGCGGUCAACGUAGUCCCGUGAGAAAGGAAGUUACACCACCCAAACAACGACCACCACCACCACCGGCACCUACAGAUGAAAACGGUAGGAGCAAACGGACCGAAGCAAGCUCGAAAAUGUCUACACACGAGACUGCAGCGAAUAGUAUUGAUGUUGUGAAAAGCUCGUCGUCGCUCUCCUACCAACUUUACUGCACGAGCAUCUCUACGGAGCCCUCUGUUAGCAUACCUGUUAACAAAAACUACAGUAAAGCGUUCUCUGCCAUCUCGGCUGCCGCCAGCAUGUACGGUUUCGCCGAAACUGGCAGCGAGAUUUACAACAACCCCAAAUUUAACCUCCACGACUCGCCCUCAGCCUCACGACGUGAACGCAACCCAACCUCGCAGCAUGCAAAACCCUCUGUGACCCGCAAGCGUAGUGAAAUUGUGGAUCAGUAUAUGUCAGCAGCCACCGGCAGUACCUACAACUCUAUCGAGCGUCAGCAGUAUGCCCGCCAUCUGCCGAAAAAUAUGUACGAUGCACUCAAUCGGGAAUACAAUGCGGCAUUUAAUGCACACACCGGGUUCCACUUGGAUAUACCUACACCGGACUAUGACAGCACAAUCGAAAAGAAAAUUAAAGAUAUCUACAAUAACACACAGAGCAGCGUGCCUUCGGUACCGACACCUGACUAUAGUACACUGAGUCGUAAGUCGCUCAAACAGUUUCAGCCCGACUCGCCAAUUUACAGACGCAAGUCACCACAAUAUCUAAUUGUUGACUACGAGACAGACAGUCUUGAGCGACUGGAGGCUACCAAGCGGAAGAGCUCACAGUCCUCCUCAUCACCCUCAUCCGAUGUUAGCUCGCAGCUCAGUCCAAGUCUGAGCACAGCCUUACCACUCGAGGAGGAGCUGGAGAUUAGUCACACCGUCUACGAUAAGUCAAAUGGGUUUCGUCCAGAAGCUGAACUGAAGAAGAAAACGUUGAAUAAGACCGAUAGCAGUGGCACUAAACAGAAAGAGGUCGCCGCACGCAUCAAAUAUGAUACACCAUUUCGUGGUAGUAUGACCAUAGAGGUAGAGCACGAACCACAAUCCGAUAUUGAACGCUCGACGGACAGCGAUCAAUUUGAGCCCGACACGCUGGAUCGAAAGCCGAAGAAGCAGAGCUUCUGCGAUGUAAAUGCGUGGACGGGUCAGGCUUUGAAGAAAGUACAAAAUGGCGAGCAGCCGAACAACCACGUAGUGCACGAAAACGGUACACACACGCAUCACAGCGUAAGUCAGUCAUCAUUCAUACUUCGCUCGAACAGUUCAUUCCGCAGCCAAAGUAGUCAUGGUAGUGCACACACGUCUGCAUAUGAAAGCCACUUAGAUCUGCUUACGUCCGAUAAAAUGAAUGAACUCAAAGAUGAACGGCGACCGAGUUUUAAUAGCUUACGUGAGAUCUACCAAUCGCCAUUGGUGCGACAGAACAGUCAAUCGAGCUGCAAGUGUGGUGGUCAAUAUGCAAGCACACAAGAGCUCGAGCUGAGCAGCGAGCAAGGACGCCUUCUCACGUUGGAAGCUAAACAGAAGCGACGCCAGCAAAUCGUUGAAUCUCCAGUGCCACCACCACCACCCGCUACAAUAGAGAUCUCAAAUGCCUCAUCGAAUAAAACGACCAUCAAGAUUAGCACACCAAAAGUGCGUCGCACCGCGGAGGCCGCCGUAAUCAACCCACAGGUGCACAAUGGCCGCCGCUCACCCUCACCUAGACGACCGCCACCACUGCCGCCGCCUAAGAACCGCACAGUAUCUCCAAAGAGCUUAUACGAAUUGACAAAAAACGUACAAGCUGUGCCUACACCAACGAUUGUGCCGAGCCAAAUGCACCCGCCGAAACCUAACAGCACCUUAAACACUAUCGUUACCAGCAGCAAAGCGUCUUCUACGGAUUUGACGCAGAAGAAACGCAUCAGCCGUUCACCGCCGCCACUGCCACCAGUACCACCGCCCAGUUCCGCCUCUACCACGUUAACAAGUCAGCGGAGUCACGCUUCUACGCAGCACUCGCAGCAUCAUCAUUACCAGAACCACAGCCAUCACCAUCAUUAUCUACACCACUCCACUACCAGCACAAACGCCACAACUACAGCCACUGAAGAGGAGACCGCGAGCAAUCACAGUGAGUCUACCGAGAUCACAGGCGUAUCGGAUAACUUCGCAAACUCGGAGUUCGACGGUUCCUGUAACAAUACGCUCUCUAGUGUAGCACAUGAGAAUCAAAAGGAUAAGCUGGAUCUAGAAGACACCCAAGAACACCUAAGCAGCCGUCGCAGCAGCAUUAGCAAUAGUAAUACGAACACCAACACCAACACAAACAAGAGUAGUAAGGAGUUCACAAGUGCCAAGCAGUUAGACUCACCGCCGACCAAACUAAAAUCUCAACGUAUAGAAAGCGAUUACGGCGCCAUGUUCAAUACACAAAUCAAUGGUCUGCGUAGUGACUACAGUCUUACAAAGUACUUGAAUCGACGCAAGAACAUCGACGAUGCUGAAGAUGAGCCGAGCACAUGCAAAGAUAUCGAUGCCCAGCUCGAGGCGAACAAUAAUCUCAAUACUGUGAAGAAUGGUGAGCUGGACACAAGCAAACUGGAUCUACUCUCGAUCGGCUCACGUUCCAACCGCAGUAGCAGUAGACUCUCCGAUCGCACCAAGGAGCUCUACCGUAAUGCUGGCGUACCCGUGGGAAUAGCAUAUCCACAACGCAGCACAGCCUCGAGUAAUAACAGCACGAACUCUACUCCACCGCCAGUACCACUGCCUGCGGCCACACCAACCAACACCGUACAAACGGUCUAUCACUGUGAAAUUGAACCGGUGCAGCUAACACACGGUAUGCAAAUAGCGAUGGGUCUCAAGGAUCGCGCCAAGAAAGCUAAAGAUCUGAAAAAUGCUUGGAAGAAAUUUGUCAGUAUGGCAGCGUCUAAAUUUAGUCCCACACAUAGUCCAGCGCCGCCUUACGAUAAGAAACCGCCAAGUUUUCUGGAAGUACUGGAUCGUGACGAAGGCAUUUCAUCGUUGAUUGACGAAAACCCACGCGUCUCAACGCCGAAAAGCACUUACUCAGCACCCGCCUCGCAAAACUACUACGAACAGCGUUUCGGACCACGUCCGCAGGAGAUGGAUAGUGGUUACAUGAGCGCCGAUUCGGGUGAGGUAUACAAACGCAGCUUCUACGAUCGCUACAAUUUUAAAAAGAUGUCGGGACGAGAGCGCAUUAUACGUGUGGACACAAUCGAAGAUAACUCCGAUGGCGGUAGCACGUUGACUGAUCGUCAUAACGGCGCAGCUGCUUCAGCACGACGUGGCAGUAUUUUGGAUAGCAAUCGUUUUGAAGAUUUUGAACAUAUGGGCGAACCACCUGAAAACGAGCUGCCCGCAAUAGCAAUGAGACAUGCGACGGCGCAUGAGACGGAUACCAGCGAUGCAGAAUCGGAUAAGACGAUCACACAGUCCAGUGGCGGACGCUUGGAUGCGGCGCGCAAUCUCGACGGCUCGACGACGUACUCCUCAGAAGAGGAAGAGCCAGCACAAGGUGGACAAAGUCCGUCUUAUGGCUCUUCGGAGACGGAUGGCGAGACAAACGCCGAAGAUAUGUGGGAAUCGGGCGCAGAGAGUAUUGAAACACAUUCGGUGUUGUACAAAAAUGUGCGAAAGAGCUGAGAGCAAAGAAUAAAUUGCGUAUUUUAUAAAUAUAAUAAGUGGCAACCCCAAGUGGUGGGUGUCACAACAAGGGAGUAGCAACAGAGAUGUUGACAAAAAAUGUAGGCGUUCGAGAGGACGAAAGAACGGACGAUGUAAUAUAAUUAACAAAAAUAAAAAGUAGUAGUUAGUAAAAAUAUGGCAACACUGUGCAAUAUACGCGUGCAAUCAUACUAAGCAAUAUUUAAGUGCAAUAACAAAGGUGCAAUCCUCAAGCAUAGUGCAAUUAAAUGGAAUUUUUUAUUGUUUAAAAACGAGUGUAAAAAGUAGUUAGUUCGCUUGCAAAUAUGUAGUUAAAAGAGUAGUAGAUUUCUUUAUAUAUAUAUAUAUAUAUAUACUUAGAAUUUAGAUGAACAAUGUGAUAUUUUUCCGUUGUCUUUGGCC